CGCUGCUGCUGCUGCUGCAUGGAGCCGCCCGCCUGAGGGCCGGCCCGGGCUGCCCCGCCCCGCCCUCUCUCCAGGUGAUGCCGGUGACCGGGGUGACGAUGCCGCCGGCGAAGCCACGGCGGCCGCUGCUGAUGGAGGAGGAGGAGGCGGCGACGGGGGCGAUGGGCUCAGCCGCCCGGCCCUGCCCCUGAGCAGCGGGGAAGCGCCGGCGGCCGGCUCCUCCCGUCCCCCAGGAUCGCUCGGCUCCCCCCGGCCGCCGUCUCCCCCUCUCCGUCCUCGAUGUCUCCUCCGCGGCGCGGAGACCCCUUCGCCGCCUCCCCGCCCUCUCGCUCCUCGCCGCCGCAUCCCUCCCGCCCCGCGGUCCGGCAGCCGCCGGACCCCACCCGGCGGCGGCACCAUGAAGGUGGAAACGGGGGACAACUCCAUGAUCAACCUGUCGGUGCAGCAAGUGCUGAGCCUGUGGGCUCACGGCACCGUCCUCCGCAACCUCACGGAGAUGUGGUACUGGGUUUUCCUCUGGGCUCUCUUCUCCUCUCUCUUUGUCCAUGGUGCUGUGGGAGUAUUAAUGUUUGUGAUGCUGCAGAGGCAUAGGCAGGGGAGGCUGAUCUCUGUCAUUGUGGUCAGCAUUGGAUUUCUGGGUUCUGUAACUGGAGCAAUGAUAACCAGUGCUGCAGUAGCUGGAAUUUACAGAGUAGCAGGGAAGAAUAUGGCUCCCCUAGAAGCUCUUGUCUUUGGUGUUGGACAGACAGUACUGACAUUAAUUAUAUCAUUUUCAAGAAUUCUUGCAACGCUUUGAGACUUAUGUAGAAGGGAAAAAAAAAAAUCAACUAGUCCUAAGGAAAUCUUUAAUAUGAGGAGAAGCUUCCUUGAAGUGGAUUCAUCAGCUUAUGAACUUGAAUUCUCGUGCAAGAGAAAGGAAGCUAUGUGGAAAGUGCACUACAGAUCUAGAGGCUCAGUCAAAUGAACAGACUGUCCUCUAGCGUUGGAACUGUUGUACUUCUGCACUGCACCUCACGUGCCUCGGUCACAGGCAAGGUGCAAUCCUGGUGUGCGGAGUGGAGAUGAAGCACCUUGAACAGCUGCCAGUCAGGUUAAUAAUGCUUGAUGAUGGGAUCAUUGUUCUUAACGUGUAAUAAAGUAUUAAGGGGCGGUCCUGAAAAUUGCUGUGUGUGCCAAACUUGGAGUUUAAUUCUGAGCAGGUGGCUGGGUAAGUUUUGAAAUCCGGCAGAGUGCUGUGAACGUACAUGAUUCUCCUUGAGCUCUAGGGAAAUAGGAAGAUAACUGACUUUUGUAUUAGCAGAAUCUCUUUCAAUGCUGAAUGUUCUUGUUCAGCAUCCAAAACAACUGUUGGAUCUGUUUCAAAAUGUAGAUGAAUUCUGAUGGGGUUUAAGAACCACAGCUUUAACAACCCUGAUAUAAUUAGCACUAUGUGAAGAAUGGCUCAUGGCAGUUUUCUGAAGCUUAGCACAUUUCUUCGUGAUUUUAGCCUGUCAGAAAUCAGGAGUUUAAGGAGACUGUAUGAAGAUUACUAAGUACAAUCUGUUGUGUAUGCACAAGCAAAUCUUAAAUUGAUGUUUUCCUUGAAAUUAUUUUGUCUUAAACAUACAGAUGGUUAUCAGCCAUUCUGCAAACCUCAGAAAGGAUAUUUGUUGCACAUAAACUCCCUACAUUUAUUUAAGCACUGAUGGGACCCUUAACCCUACAUAUAUUCUGUAAAGAACACACAAAUAUAACAGACUCUCAGACAAUACACCUAUGAGGAAAAUGGAGAGGGGUAAAAACAUGAUAUACUGUUUUUCUACUGAACAGAAAUAUUAAGUUUAAUAAAAUAGUUGCUAUAUUCCAAAAAUUUGGAAGUGGGACAGCACUAAUGUCAUUUACUACCUUGUUUCUGAACACUUUGUAACUUUGGAAAGAUUAAGAUGCCUGGAACUUUCAAAAACUUAGCUUCCAGUAGUUUGUGCUGUUCUAGUUUAAAGGGGACGGUAGUGUUGUGCAUGUGGAAUGUCUUAUAUGUGAGUGUUUUGGAUUAAAUAGAAACUUUAGGUCUAAUGACUCUUUAUGAAAUACAAAAUUUAAAAGGCAUAAAGUUCUGUGAGGAAUAAGGAGUCUUUUACACCUUUCCUCAUCUCAAUGCUUUUCAGCAGUUGGCUCUGAAUAAUGAAAGGAAGAGUAAGUUGCUCAAAGGUUUUGCUGUUAUAAUGUCAAAAAGACUUCCAGCAUUGUUGAAAACAGUGGGCACCUACUACACAGCUAAAACAAUAUGGUUAAAAUACAGCUUACAGUCCAGUCAUUGCUUAGUGCUUCAAAAAUAAUGAAUUAACCUGUCUGCCUUUGUCUUACUCCACAUACGUGUUUUGUUGUUUGUUUUUUUUUUUUUUUAAGUACUAAGAAAGCUAAUAUUAUUUGUUUUCUUUAAAAGUAUUUAAGUCUUGUUUGGAAAAUGUGCAGUCAUGGGCUUUGCAGGGGACAAGUUAAAAUAUAGGUUUAUAAAUAUUUUCAGUGUUAUAUUUUUGACUUUGAAUUGCUCUAAAAAUGUGGCUGAAAACAUAUACUCAUGUUUUGAAUGUCUUCAAAAACUUACUUUUGUAGUUUCUUUUUUUGUCUUGUGGUUUUUACAUUCUACUUGUACUUUUUGGCACACAAUCAUUGCACUUUAAUAGACAAUGAAAUUAUCACAACUGUAAAAAGCAAUUGAAACUUCUCCCCGUUGUCUUAAAUUGUGAGAAAACUGGUUUCAGGUAUUUAAGUCAAAUUGAAUAAUAAAGUAAUUGAAGAUGUUUCUCCUAAUGUGCCUUGUUACAUACAUAUUUAGGGGAGAGGAUAAAAAAAAAAACUGUUACAUCUU